CUUAUCAUUACUCAUUAACAGUUCCUGUUUUUUAGUACAGUUUAACUUAGCUGAUUGUUGUUGAAAUCCUCAAAAUAUGAGGUUUACAAUAUUUGCGUUUCUUCUUGGUGCUUUUGUUUGCUUUAUUGAAGCAAAACCAGCCCAGGAACGACUGGAACAAGUAGAAGAUAUGAUUAUGACUCCAGARCAAAAAGAGUUUUAUGACCAGAUCAAAAAUGGCCGCGCACGACGUGAUGCCAUCAAAGACAAAUGGUUAUGGCCGAAGGGAAAAGUCUACUAUGUCUUCAGCAAGGGUUUGUCGAAAGCUGGUAAAAAUCUUGCCAAAGACGCCAUGAAACACUGGGAAGAAAAAACUUGCUUAAAAUUUGAAGAUAUCGACAGCAUGAGCAAAAAACCAAAGUAUUACGCCGAAUUUAAGUUUGGAGGGGAUUGCCGUGCAAUGAUUGGAUUUACUAACAGACCA